AUGGACCCUCCAUCCUCAGAAGGGCGCUCCCAUCACCUCAACGGCAAAACAAUCAUCGUCGCGGGAGCCGGCAUAGCUGGACUGACCUUCGCUCUUGCAUUGGCACGGCAGUUCCCUGGCUCGUCGACCUCCGCGGCAAACCCCAAGGUCGUUAUCUUCGAGCGUGAUAGCUUUGAGGAGCGCAUUGGCCGGGAAGGAUACACCCUAUCCCUAAGAACUGAUCAUAACGCUGGUGGCAUUCAGGUGUUGGAUGGCUUGGGUCUGUAUGAAAAAGUCAAGAAUCUGAGCGUGAACGCGAAAGACAUGGCAGCAGAACGCGGCAGAUUCAAUGUCUGGAGUCCUGACUUUCGCCCGUUUCUCCGCUUGGCAACUGCACCAUUUGGGCCGAAACGCCUAGUUGGCAUGAGAAUCCGUCGAAACGCUCUGCAGAAGAUUCUCGCUCAGGCCGCCGCGGAUUCGGGGGCUGAAAUACAUUGGGGAACUGCCGUUAUGAAUGUCGAAUUGAGUAAGUAUGGCGGCGUUAAUGUCUACCUCAGUGACGGCUCGGUCGUUCGCGGCGACAUUUUAAUAGCUGCCGAUGGAUCGCGCAGCAAGUUAGGAUUCCUCUUGAGACCGAAGCAUGACCUGGACUACACCGGUGUCUAUUGCUGGUCCGGGAUAGCUAAAUAUGCUAGCCCGGAGGCAGUACCAAGACCAGUCAACCGUGACUGGGGAGUAGUUGUUGGGGCAAAAGAUGGUGUCGGAUGCUUCCUAUCGCCUGUGGACGAUACAUCGGCGUUGUGGAGCUUGAGUCGCCGCAGUCCUGAAAAGAAGGAGUCCCUUCGAUACCCCAUCCCAAAGGAACGGCUUGACUUAUUGAUGCAAGAAUCCCUAGAUCUGGCAGCGUACUUCGCUCCGGUGGUCAAGAAUUUGGUCUCUGCAACAGAUCCGAGCACGGUCAUGCUGUUCAAUGCCAUGGAUCGGAAGCCGUUCCCGCACUCGAUCUCAACAGACGGGCCUGUCGUCUAUACCGGAGACGCAAAUCAUGCCGUCAGCCCUUUUGCGGGCGCUGGGGCGAAUCUGGCACUCAUGGACGCGUGGGAUCUUGCCAAGGCAUUGAAGGACGCUUCAACCCUAGACGAAGCGGUGUCAGCAUAUGACAAGGCGGCCGUCCCUCGAGCCAGCGCUGUUUUGAAAGCUUCAAGGUGGACGAUUGACUUAGCGCAUGCGACUGGAAUCAGGCUGAUUCUGUACAAGGUGGUUCUUCAAAUGCUGGGUUUCUUUGUUGCGAGAAGCUCCAGCAAAUGA